AUUAUGGUGAGCGGACAAACCCAGGUCGAAAAGCUGCACAAAAAAAGUUGACAAUAAACCCAAUUCCUAUAGCAUUCGCCUUUACUCUGUAGAAUUUGCACAACCCUCACAAUGAAUUAAUCUCUAAUAAUCCCAAUUGGGUUCACCCUACAGAUUUUGUAAAAAAAUUAGCGUUUCUAAGAUUUCUCAGUUAUGUACAGAUCUGUACAGCUCUUGGAACGAUCGUUUUGAUGUUGUGAGCUUGUUAUACUUUUGCUGAUCUUUAGAUUGACGAUUUUAUGUAUUUAUGUGGAAUUUUUGCUGAAGAUUGGAGCUUUAGUUCUGGGACUGUUAGUGAACAUUUCUUAUGAGAAACAUGGUUUAAUUUGUUCAUGAUAUGUAGCUCAUAACACUGUCAGGAUAAUCGUCCAAAUUUUUAAAGCCUUUUUUGUGUAGGUAUAGCAAUUUGAUAUCUGGGUGUUGAAGUGCAGUUUUAAGAGAGGAUUUGUAGAGGGCAUAUUGGUUGGUUAUAUCAAUUCAACUAGGAUCUGCCCAUUAAUCAUUGAAAUUAACAGCAUAUAGAUACAUAUCUUGUUUGGAGCUCAUAUUAGUGUUAGGAUAAUAUGUCAUUUAGGAGUCUACUUCAGGACAUGAAGGGGGAGUUUGGGAGUAUAUCUCGAAAAGGGUUUGAUGCGAAGUUUGGUUAUGGGUUGAGGUCAAGGUCUCACCGGGCAGUUCAGGAUAGUUCGAUGACUUCAACAGAUGCUUUGAAUCAGAGUUGUUGGGCCAAUAUGCCGCCCGAGUUAUUGAGGGACGUGUUGAUGCGGAUUGAGGAGUCCGAGUGUACAUGGCCUCCAAGGAAGAAUGUGGUUGCUUGUGCUGGUGUUUGUAGGAGCUGGAGAGAAAUCAUGAAGGAAAUUGUUAGAACCCUGGAAGUCUCUAGCAAGUUAACUUUCCCCAUUUCCCUGAAGCAGCCUGGUCCUAGAGACACCCUAAUUCAGUGUUUCAUAAAGCGGGAUCGUAGUAACCAAACAUAUCGCCUUUACCUCAAUCUGAAUCAAGCUUCUAAUGAUGAUGGGAAAUUCCUACUUAUUGCUCGAAGAUGUAAACGACCAACAUAUACAGAUUACAUAAUAUCUCUAAAUGCUGACAAUGUGUCAAAGGGAAGCAGCACCUACAUUGGCAAGUUGAGAUCUAAUUUUUUGGGAACCAAGUUCAUAAUCUAUGAUGCACAGCCACCAAUUGCUGGAGCCAGAGUCACUAAAUCUCGUUCCACAAGGUUAAUUGGAAUGAGACAGGUCUCUCCCAGGGUCCCUGCUGGAAACUAUCCUGUGGCGCACAUUUCGUAUGAAUUGAACGUCUUGGGUUCAAGGGGUCCUAGGCGGAUGCAGUGUGUCAUGGACGCUAUACCUGCUUCUGCUAUUGAACCAGGAGGUAUGGCUCCCACACAAACUGAAUUUCUGACUGGAAAUUUAGAUUCCUUCCCAGCCCUCCCAUUCUUCAGAUCAAAAUCAACUCGUACAUAUAGUUUUCCUUCUGGAUCAUUGUCGCCUGAAAGAGAUGAAAGGCUAGUUCUGAAAAACAAGGCUCCUAGAUGGCAUGAGCAACUCCAAUGUUGGUGUCUCAAUUUCAAUGGACGUGUGACGGUUGCUUCUGUAAAGAACUUUCAGCUUGUUGUAUCUAUUACGAAUGAAUCUGGUGGACAAGAGCUCGAGAAUGUUAUUCUCCAGUUUGGGAAAGUGGGAACGGAUGUGUUCACCAUGGACUAUCAAUAUCCAAUAUCUGCUUUCCAGGCAUUUGCCAUUUGUCUCAGCAGCUUUGAUACCAAAAUUGCCUGCGAAUGACAUCAGGUCCAGCUUGGGAGGCAACAUGAGAGUUACAUGCAUACAAUACCGGCAAAUUCCAGUAGCUGCAUUUUUAUUUUUAUUUUUCUAAAUGUGUGGCUCUUUAAAUUUCGCAGGACUCCCUAGUUCUCUUUUCUCUUUAUUUUGUUCUUUUUGGUUUUCUUGUUUGUUCCUGUACGUAACUGCUUGAAUCAUUUACUCUUAGCUAUUUGGGCUGUGUGAUUUACACCCUUGUUCUUCUCUACUAGUUUAUGAUUUAGGAAUUUGGAUUUUACAAUUGUUACCACAAUGAAAGUUGUCUUGGAUUGGAGAUUUUUACCAGCUUAUCCAAGAAGUUGGGGAAAAUCUUCUCUUUUUUUUUUCUUUAUCUCAAUCAAUUCUAUCUUGUGUAAUUAGAGUUUACCUGGACGGGGUAAAUUGGAGACCAUGAAUCCCCAUUUCCUAAGUUGGUGACUUCGGAUCCA